AUGUCUGGUCUUGCUCCUACGAUGGUCAUAGCCAGAGUAGCAUAUGGCAAAUCUGUUGAAAGUGUUCAACAGGCAAUAUCAUCAUUGCAUAUUGCCAAUGCCAAUUCUCAGGCUACUCAACAAAGGUCUACUACUGGCAGACAGCAAGGGACCAAUGAAUUUCAGCUACAGUCACAGCAUGAGAUUGCUGUCAAUGACCUGGUAUUGGAGGAGACAUCAGCUAUCCCAGUAGUAGUUGACAAAGUUUAA